AGCUAGCCGAAGCACGGAGCAGCGCGGAACUCGCAUGUGUUUGCUUGCGCGUGGCUGAGAUUUUGAGGUUAAAUAAGUUUAUCAAUAUUAAAAAUAUAUAAAUAUAAAUAUUUUUAGUAAAAUGGUUCGCAAAAAGAUAGACAACCGCAUAAGAGUUUUGAUAGAAAAUGGUGUCACUUUGGGACACAGAACGAUGUUUAUCGUCGUCGGCGAGAAAGCGAGAGAUCAAGUUGUAUUAUUGCACCACAUGUUGUCCAAGACAGUUGUAAAGGCUAGACCUUCUGUGUUGUGGUGUUACAAAAAGGAUUUGGGUUUUAGUAGUCACAGAAAGAAACGAAUGAAGUCUUUGCAGAAAAAAAUCAAAUCAGGCAAAUUAGACGUUAACGAGGAUGAUCCAUUUGAAUUGUUUGUUAUAUCAACUAACAUUCGCUAUUGUUAUUAUAAUGAAACACAUAAAAUAUUAGGUAACACGUAUGGCAUGUGUAUAUUACAGGAUUUUGAAGCAAUUACGCCAAAUUUAUUGGCACGUACCGUUGAAACAGUCGAGGGUGGUGGAGUCAUUGUACUUUUGCUGCAAUCUAUGAAUUCUUUAAAGCAAUUGUAUACACUGAACAUGGAUGUCCAUCAGAGAUUUCGCACGGAAGCUCAUAAAGAUGUAAUAUGCCGAUUUAACGAGAGAUUCUUGCUAUCUCUGGCUUCCUGUACUCGAUGUUUGGUUGUCGAUGAUCAACUGAAUGUAUUACCUUUAUCUUCUCACAAUCUGAGGAUAGAACCUGUGCAUAAAUCAGAUGUUUCAGAGGAACAAUCGAGUUUAGAUGUUUUAAAGGAGAGUCUGCAAGACACUCAACACGUAUCCUCAUUAAUUAAUUGUUGCAAGACGGUUGACCAGGCGAAGGCAGUUCUCAAAUUUAUCGAGUGUAUUUCCGAAAAAACUUUGAGAUCCACCGUGUCGCUGACCGCAGCUAGAGGACGCGGUAAAUCCGCUGCAUUGGGACUUGCCAUUGCCGGAGCUAUUACUUUCGGAUACUCUAAUAUAUACAUCUCGAGCCCCAGUCCGGAGAACUUGAACACUCUCUUUGAAUUUGUCUUCAAAGGAUUUGAUGCGUUGGGAUAUCAGGAACAUCUUGAUUAUGGUUUAGUGCAAUCCACUAAUCCAGAGUUCAACAAAGCCACUGUCCGCGUAAAUGUAUUUCGAGAUCACCGCCAAACGAUUCAGUAUAUACAUCCAACGGACACUCACAAAUUGAAUCAAGCGGAGCUACUUGUGAUCGAUGAAGCGGCAGCGAUUCCUUUGCCUUAUGUAAAAGCCAUGCUUGGACCUUAUCUAAUAUUUCUCGCAUCAACCAUAAACGGAUACGAAGGCACGGGUCGGUCUUUGUCGCUCAAAUUGCUGCAUCAGUUGAGAACGCAAACCGCUGGGUCAAAUAGUCACAAUGGAAAAAGCGAAAAGGAGCAGAAUGAAAAAACUCUUAUCGGAAGGCAGCUGCACGAGAUGACUCUCGAUGAAUCGAUACGUUACAAGCCUGGUGACUCUGUUGAACGAUGGUUGUGCGACUUGCUUUGCCUAGAUGUUACGACACAUGCACCUGUUCUGUCUGGAUGUCCUCCUCCCGAUAUUUGUCAAUUAUAUUACAUAAACAGGGAUACUUUGUUCUCCUACCACAAAGCUUCUGAGUUGUUCUUACAGAGGCUGGUCUCUUUGUAUGUUGCAUCACAUUAUAAAAAUACUCCUAACGAUUUGCAAAUGAUGUCUGAUGCUCCUGCGCAUCAUCUAUUCUGUCUCUUGGGGCCCGUAGAUUCCAAUAAGAAGACUUUACCUGAAAUAUUAGUUGUUCUUCAAGUCUGCUUAGAAGGCGAAGUUAGCAAAACUAGCAUAAACGAAGGUCUCACGCGGGGUCGUAGAGCGGCUGGCGAUCUAAUACCGUGGACGAUUGCUCAGCAAUACCAAGAUGAAGAUUUUCCAGCAUUAUCUGGCGCGCGUAUCGUUCGGAUUGCCACGCAUCCCGACUACCACGGGAUGGGAUACGGUAGUCGUGCACUGCAAUUAUUGAAGCAGUACUACGAGAUGAAAAUACCUAAUAUCAACGAAGACGUCGCACAAGAGCCAGUUACCGAAAUAAAAAAUGUUCCUGACGAAGCAGUCGGUUUAUUAGAAGAAACUAUUGAACCUCGGAGUUCGCUACCGCCGCUCUUGUUAAAAUUGAACGAGAGACGUCCAGAGCACUUGGAUUACGUCGGUGUGUCUUUCGGAGUUACUGAACAGCUGUUGAAAUUUUGGAAGCGGGCCAAUUUCGUUCCUGUAUAUUUAAGACAAACCGCGAAUGAUAUAACGGGAGAGCAUUCUUGCAUAAUGCUUUGCAAAAUUAAUGCGGAGCAAGAUAACGAUAAGUGGUUGCCGGCUUACUGGAGCGAUUUCCGCAGACGAUUCUUAAAUCUGCUCUCUUUUUCGUUUAACGCGUAUCCCGCGUCACUCGCAUUGAGUGUGCUAGUUAACAAGACGGUGUCUUUGAAACCUGUCAUAUUGAGCAAGGAAGCAUUGAACGUUUAUUUUACGUCGUACGACCUAAAACGUUUACAAAUGUAUAGCAACAACAUGGCAGAUUAUCAUUUGAUUAUGGAUUUAUUACCGUCGUUGGCACGCCUGUAUUUCUUAAACAUGAUGGGAGACACUCAUUUCUCAGCAGCACAAUCGGCGAUUCUACUCGGCUUGGGCUUGCAACAUAAAACCGUCGACAAGCUGGCGGAAGAAUUAAAUCUACCACAUCCGCAGUUACUCGGUUUGUUAAAUCGUAUAAUACGCAAAUCGACCCAAUAUUUCAACAACGUUGCGGAAAAAUACGUCGAGAGUACUAUGUUGACCAAAGAAUUGAUCGCCGAAGACGUGAAAGUGGAUCCUUUAGGCGGACAGAAUUUACGCGAAGAAUUGGAAACCGCGGCAAAGGAACUGAAGGUGAAACAGAAAGCGGAAUUAGAGAAACUGAAGAAUGAAAAUUUGGGGCAGUACGCUAUUAAGGGGUCGGAAGUGGAAUGGACCAGUGCGUUGUCAGGCAAGCACAGUAAAAGUCUUAUCUCUGUUAAGACUGGUGAAAAGAGACCGACAGAAAGUGAUAACAUACAAGAACCUGAUCAAAAACGUACAAAAAAGAAAAAGAGACAUUCUUUAAAGAUGUAAUCGAUGUAAUUUUAUACAAGUGAUCUCUUUUUUUCGCAUGUUUUUUCUCAG